AUGUCGACUGAAGAAAAUCCAGGCAAAAUUCCUCAAGAUCACGAGCUUAUUGAGAAGGUUGGCGAUGGUGUUCGUCCUGUUAGUGAAGAAGAGACAAUCGAACAAGUCUUAGCUUCAGAUAACGAGCAAAUUGAAGAUGCUGAGAACGACUCGGAUAAACUGAAAGUGCUGACCUCUGGGAUACCUACUAGUCUUGUGAAUCCUUUGUCUGGCAGUGCUGCUCAAAUCCUCCCAUUGUUACAGAACAUGCUGCUCCACAAUGAAAUCCAGAGGGAAAGAUUAAUGGGAUUAAUUCAACUCUACGAUCCAACUGCUGAAAACAGGAAUCUAAUCGUGAACACAGAAGGCGGGCAGAUAGCAGCAACGGAGACAGAUCUUUUGACUGUGGUUCAGUUUUUGGAGCAGAGUGUGCAGAAGCUUGAAGAGGAACUUGAGAAUGAGAAGAAAGCAAACGCUCAGCUAGAAGAUGAGAUAAAGCGCUUGAAGAUGAGCAGUGAUCCAGAACAGGACGAUUGA